AUGGACCCAGACGUGGAAACCCUCGCCGACGACGACGCACUCGCCGGCGACGGCGGUGAGGCCGAUAGAUUCGAGGCGGAGGCGGAGGCGGAGGCGGAGGCGGAGGCCGAACUCCUUCGUGACCGCUUCAGGCUCGCUGUCAUCAACAUCGCGACUUCUGAAGGCAAGAAGGCGGGCAUGGAGGUUGCGGGUCCCGUCGUCGCCUGCAUCGCCGACUUGGCCUUCAAGAGCGCAGAGCAGCUGGCUAAGGAUGUUGAGCUGUUUGCACAGCAUGCUAGUCGUAAAUCCAUUAGGAUGGACGAUGUUAUCCUCACAGCGCAUAGGAAUGAGCAUCUUAUGGGCAAGCUGCGAACAUUUUCUCAAAACCUGAAAGGAAAAGAGCCUUGCACCGGGAAGAAGAGAAAGAAAACAUCCAAGAAGGACGAUAACAUGACCGUUAUCUGA